AUGGGAUCCAAAAAGGCCGGCCCUUGGUUUAACCCGAUAAAGGAGAGAAGAAAUCCUACUUUUCGAUCUGUGAAUGCUGGGUGUUGUGGUGCGCAGAUCACUCCAGCAAGUUGUCAGCAUGUGGUCCGAACAUCAAACAAGCUAAAAGCAGAAGAUGAUGAGAAGGCUCCUCGGACACUUGCAAAGAAAUACAGUACUAAUGAAGACACGGUAUCUUCUGUUAUGGCUGCUAAAGAAGUCAAAAGUAAUGUUGAUGUUAAAGCAAUGAUCAAAAUGAGAGAGACAUUUUCUGUACCUGCAACUUCAACACUUUGUUCGCCUAUUGUCAAUACAGAAACUGCCCAUGUUGCUCCCAACAAAGAAAAUGUCCGCAAAGGGAUGAUAUCAGAUACCAUCCUACCCGAUAAAGAGCUCACACAUCUUCAUUCUAAGACUGAGGACCCUGUAAGGGCAACCCAACAUUUACCAUCAAAGCAUCAUACAACUACUAUAAAUGCAGGUCAAAACUUUCAUAAUGUUGCUGAACCUGAGAACCCUGAUGUCCCAAAAACAGAAAUCUGGAACCGACUUAAGGUUUCCUUAUAUAGACCGCAUGCUCCUUCUUUAUAUGCUACCUGGAUGGGAGGUUUCAAAUUUCCCAAUACCACUGCCCCAGGUGAAUAUUUCGGUGGUUUCCAGGCUCGACCGCCUUGCAGAGUCCACCGUAAAGCAUACGAGCUUUCAAAGAAAAUGCCCCCAGUUCUUCAGGUUGAUCUGCUUCAACAGUGUCACCUUCAGGCUGAUAUAUUGCAGAAUGGUUGUUUAGAUCUUUUUGACAUUGCUUUAUACUUUUUUCCAGCGGAUUACAUGGAAAGUUCUCGAGAGAAUUACAAUAAACUAUUUGAGCUCAUGGGAAUGGAAAAUUCAGUGAUGAUAAGUUACAUUGAAGAUAUGGAGUUGUUGAUAUUUACUUCUAAACAGUUGCAUGGAGAUUCACGGGACGUGUUUACUAGAUCGAAGAUGGACUUUUUCGGGGGAGUCUUCUGCCGUGCGACAGAAAAUCAAAUGAAGCUACAUGAUAAGCUUCCUUCACUGGUGUCUUAUACGUAUGAUGAUGGUAAUGCCAAUACGAAUAGCAGUGAGGCUGCUGAUAUGGAUAUUGACAUGAUAGGCGGAAAGAUAUUAGGGAUUCCUAAUAUGGUUCUUUCAAAGGUUUCGGCCUAUCAUUCGAUAAAUGAUCCUUCAGCUGCUUGUCUUCCUCUGUGUAUGUUGGAAGAGGGGAGAGAAUUUGGACCUGAAGUUAAAACCGAAGUUCACGAGGAUGAAAAAACCCUUCAAAAGGAGAGAGCUCGGCAAGGAUGAAUCUCAAAUUGCUGGUUCAGAGGUGAA